UGUAGGGGCCACGAGGGAUCAGGGCAGCAGUAGUAGUGGUUGGAGGGGAGUGGGGAUGGCUGGAGUGGGGUAGCACAAGGCGUGGUGUGUGUGCCUCGCUUGUUCCCCUUCCCCCUCUCGCCCCUCUCCUUGCCACCAUUCCUCAGUCGCGUCCUCGCCGCCCCUGUGUCGGGACGCCCUAGUAAUGGCGGGUGUGGCCGCUGUGAUGAAGUCCUCGUGUCACGGUCGUGGAACUUUAGCUGCUCACCGAUACUCCCUCCUGCUGUUGCCACUGCUAGUGCUGCUGCAAGCGUAUGUGGGCCAGGCCAGCCGAGAUGACGUCACGCGCCAGCAGGUGUUCGUGGGGGAGAGCAUCACGCUCAAGUGUUACGCCAAGCUAGACCAUCUCCGCUCCUACCGAUGGGUGUACAUCCGCCAGGGCACCAAGCGGCCUCAGGUGCUGUCCUCAGGCCGCACUCUCAUAGUUCAGGAGCCAAGGUUUUCUCUGAAUACGCAGAUGGAAGGAGGCAAAGUGAACCUGGAGUUGAAGCUGACUGACGUUCGCUCCCAUGAGUCUGGGGUGUUCAUGUGCUGGCGGCAGGGACAGAAGCCAGAUCCCCAGGUGGUGGUGACAAUCCUGGAGCACGGUAGUCAGUCAGAGCGGCAGGCCAUUGUACACAGUGAAAGCCCUGCAGUGGUGCAGCUUGGGGAGGCAGCCACCUUCUCGUGCUACAUACAGCCUGCCUGGUCUGUCAGGGUGACAUGGUUGAAGGAUGGCAAAAUGAUAUCCUGGACAGACCGCCUGUAUACCCAGACCAAGAAACGCCUGCUGGGGAACAGUCAGGGGCAGCAGCAGGACACACAGAAUGACCAGCUGGUGGCGUCUCUCUUUGUGGCUUCUGUUAAACAAAACGCCACCUUCACCUGCCGCAUUGAAACGAGGCCUCCUGAGGAACACAGCAUGCAGAUCACUGUGAGAGUUCCCCAUGUUGAGUCCUUGACUGCUGAACCUGACAAGGACUUGGUGGAGUAUGGGCAGCCACUCACCCUCACCUGCACCACCUCUGGCUCAGACUCAGAAGUGGUGUGGCUGAAAGAUGGCUCGGAGCUUGUAUUUGGUCUUGCUUUCCCCAAGAGACGCAAGCAGUCCACCAAGCACCCGCCCAACAAGCUGGUAUCCACUGUCCACUUUGAGUCCAUAUCUUUUGCUGACAAUGGCCAGUAUGUGUGUUACAUUCCUGGAGCCUCCAAAGACAUUCUUAUUAACAUUGAAGGUCGUCCUCCUCGCCUUCUUGGAGUGACUGGGAACAAUUUCUAUGAGGACGAGGAGCUGUCCUUGAGAUGCACUACACAGUAUGCCAGGAAUGCUGGAACUCAGGUCACAGUCACCUGGACCUUUGAGGGAGCCGUGAUCAACCCCAAUGCUUACGAGUCACUGACGUAUCCUGGUGAACACAACAUGACCAUCCACCAGCUGGUUCUCACCCGUGCCACAGCUAGGAACAUUGGAACCUACCAGUGCAUCACACCUUUUGGCUCAGCACAGAUAUAUGUGGAGAUGUAUGCUCCCCCAUCUCUGAGUGAACCACUGCCCUCGGAGGUGCACUUCCAAGAGGAUGAGUUCUUCCAGCUGCCGUGCCUCACUAUAGGUCACCCACUACCAUCUGUCCACUGGGAGAAGAAAACAGGUGAUGGGUGGGAGCUGGUGGAGGGCAGUGAGGGCAGUGGCAGCAGCUCGGAGCUCAUCUUCCCUCGGGCCUCGGCAAGUGAUGCUGGCAGCUACCGGUGUGUGGCAAGGAGUGAGGCAGGCUCCUUCCUGGCUGAGGUGUUUGCCAUCAUGGAACGUCCAGAUCCAGAAGUCCUUGAGAUCAUUGCGCCAGAGACUGUGAUAGUUGGGGAGAACUUCACUAUCCAGUGCACUGUACGGAAUUGGGAAGCGGAGGUAGAAUUCACACUGAAUGGGGCAUCACUCAUGUCGUCCCUGGCGGAGCGGUUCAAUGUGCUACGCUAUCCCUUGGAGGAGAAUCUGGUAGAGGCAUUCCUCAUUGUGCGGGACUCUGAGCUGCAAGACAGUGGUCAGUACAGGUGUUCGGCCGGUGUUGCAGAGUCCCUGCCUGCUCCAGUGCUGAUCAAGGUGCCUGAGGCGAGGGUGGUGGGACUGUCGGCCUCGGCUCCAGUGGUGGGGCGGGACUUGAACAUCACCUGUGUCGUCAACAAUUGGGAUGGACUGGUUACCUUUGUGUUCAAUAAUGAGGCAGUUAAGCCGCUGCAAAAUGGGUGGAGGUAUGCAAUAUUCCCAGGGGUAGAGGGUGACACGGUGACCACCCACAUCCUCACUGUCCCUGCUGCCACGCAUCACCACAGUGGUCGCUAUGAGUGCUUCACCACACCCUCCUCCUCCAGGGCACUCAACAUCAAUGUCUGGGACGUUCCCGAGGUGACGCUGGAGCUGCAGAAUAAAGAGGAACGUAACUGGCGGGAUGCACCGAUCCCUAUUGCCUGUAAGAUCAAGGGGAUCAGCCCUGACAUGGUGACGGUACUGUUCUCACAUGAAGACACACCUCAAGUGUCCAUCGAGAACCGCACCAAGAUGUCCACCUCAAGCCAGCUGGUGAAUGUUGCUGUGAGUGAGGGAGAGGAAGGAGACGAGCCUCUUACUAUCUUCACUCUUGGCUUCUACUCCCUUAGCAAGGACUUUGAGGGACUCUGGUCUUGUGAAGUCUUCCUCCCAAGUGGUGAUUACCUCAACAAAGACACCCUUUACAUGGAAAUCUAUGAGCCACCUGAGUUUUUGAAUCCCCCACCAGAGCAGCUAUUUCAGGAAGAUGGCACAGACCUUCGCCUCAACUGCUCAGUGUUUGGCCCACCGGAGACCAUGGUGGCUUGGUAUCGACAAGGAAUCCAGGAACCCAUAGUGUUUGACCGCAUGAGUGCUCAGCUGUUCAUCCCACGCUUCACCACCACGGAUGAAGGUUACUACGUGUGUCGUGCCUCGUCACAUGGCCGGGAGAUACAGACCAACACUUACCUUUCACUGGGAACCCCUCAGCCUCGUGUGGAGUCAGUUGUGGCAUCUCCAGCUGUGGUGGGCCAGGAGUUCUCGGUCACUUGCACCGUCUCCAAUUGGGACAGAGAGGUGGUGUUCUUCCACAACAAGGAGUCACUGGAUUUCCAACCAGAUUCUCGGUACUCCAAGGAGCAGCUGGGCGUGCAGCAAGGUGAGGUGGAGCACCACCACCUGGUGGCACACACACUGAGAGUUGCUGAUGCUGUUCUUGCAGACUCAGGUGUGGUGGAGUGUUUCCUCACCACGGAAAUCUUUGGUUCAAUCAAUGUUACAGUGACAGAUGUGCCAGCAACAGAGGUGACAGAGCAUGGGUCACAGCCAGCCCUUCUACCAGGCCAGAUUGUCCAGCUUGCCGGGCCACAGAGGGUAUCUGCUGGGAGUGAGUUGGUUCUCACCUGUGUCGUCAGUCCUCAGGUGUCCCAGGACAUCGACAUAGUGCUGGCCCACAAGACAAUGUACCUCUACAUUGGGGGCAUUGUGCUGGCUGAGGAUCCCCGGGUGGACAUUGUAAUUGACAACACCUAUGAUGGCGCAAGGAUUCUGUACCUGAAGAUUGUUGACGUGAGGGCAACGGAUGAGGGGACCUACCAGUGUGCCACCUCCACCAACCCUCCUGCUUACUCCACCCUUGUUGUGUCUGUGGCACCACCUGAAAAGACCACAGAAUUACCUGAAGUUGUUACCAGCCUGCCAUCAGUCCCAGGUGUACCAGACUUGGCAGUCAUUCCAAUGCUGCUGCCUGGAGUGAUGGAUGUCCUGGGGCGGGAGGGGGAGGAUGUCACCUUGCCCUGCAGAAUAUCACCCAUAAUAGACUUUAGUAUAAGUGAAGACAGCCGGAACUAUUUUGUGAAGUGGACACGAGGGGGCGGCAGUAGGACUCAAGUCCUCUCUCAAGACGACAUAAUCCUGCACUAUGAUGGGCACCGCAUGGGCCUUAACACAGGAGUGGACACCAGGACUUCUGGAGUCAUGCACUAUGACCUGACACUGAAGCAGGUGAUGCCGGAGGAUUCGGGCAUGUAUGCCUGCACACUGUUUGACAAGAGCUUGAACGAGAUUGGCUACCGGGAGAUCUCCUUGGAUGUGGAGAUGCCACCAGAAGAGUGGAAGUGUGAGUUUCCCCCAGAGUGGCGGGGGGAAUGGUACGACACGCGGUACAGACAAGUGUCAGAGAUUUUGCCCCAGGAGUUCAAGAGGUCAUCUUGUGUGUCAACAUCUGGAGAGAACUUCAUCAUACAGCACAAGCGGCGUCAGUGCUUCCGCUGUGUUUACUUCAUACAGAAGCACCAAAACUUACUACAAUACAAGAGCACACGGUGUAGGAGGACGCAGGAUGGUCUGUGCUUCGCUCUGGAUGAGAACAGUGAGUUAAUGAAUCUGGUGCGGCUGAACACCGAGGCUGUCCACUGUCCUAUCACUGGGCCCCGCCAGUACUUGUUGGAGCUUCCCCGCCAGUCAUGUGAGGACAACGUCUCCCUCAUCAGCUCCUCCACGGAGUCUCUUCUGCAGUUCCAGUAUCCAUCGUGCUGGGUGCUGGCUAACCCCUCCCGGGCUGUGGCUGAAGAAUUUGAGUGUGUGGCUGACUGGGCAGAAGGCUCCACUCACUACCUUAUUGCUAAAUUGGUGAGUAAUUCAUCACUUUACCUGGAGCAACUGUACCGUUGCUUCACCUACACCCAGGGGCAGGAAGAUAGACACGCCUAUAUUAUGGGCCACAAUGACUCCCCGGUGUGUGGUGACAGGAGAUACUUGAUGACCUACAAGAUAUCUGAACUGAUUGGAGAGGCACCGCUUUCAGUGACAGGACUUGGAGAAUGGGACAUAAGCGUAGAGUCCUCUGAGGGGGCUGUGCUGCCCUGCAGAGCCUCAGUGGUGCUUGGCUCUGAUGAAGCCUCCAGUAGAUAUGUAAUAAGUUGGGUACGAGAGAUUGAAGGCAAGAGUGAUGUAAUUACUCUCGAUGAUCACAUUCUGACGAGAAGUAGCAGAUACUCACUGGACAUGGGCCCACUGAGGCCAGGCAACACCUCCAAGUAUGACCUGAUCAUUGCUGAUGUACAGCCAGGUGAUGCUGGGACGUACAGAUGCAUGCUGAGGAACCGCAAGGGAGGCGGCCAGGGAGUCUCCCACUCCAUGUCCUUGACUGUGACAGAAACUCCUAAAUAUGAGCAGUGCAUUCUGCCAGUCCACUGGAGUGGUGAGUGGUGGAGCAAGGAGGAGGGCAACAUCCCCAUUGGUGAUGGCAUCUUUGGGGGAAGUGUGUGUGACAUUGCACUGGGGGACAAGUUUCUCAUGAGAGGCCCCACCUGCAACACAUGCUACACUGUGCAAGAGAUGCACUUCAACCUUCUCUAUUAUAAGAAAUCUCCUUGUGAGAGAAGUGAGGACCUGAACACACUAUGCAGCAUGAUUGAAGAGGAUGAGCUACGCCAGUCACUGAUCAGGAAGGAGGCUGGGAUCACAUGUCCCUUCCCUGGCUCUCGCUCUUACGUGUACCAGACUCCUGAAGUAACUUGUCCAGAGACUCACUCAAAGCUGAUCUCCAAUAACACACAGCUCCAUUUCCUGCACCAGCCUUGCCAUCCCCAAAGUGAUGCAGACCUAACUCCUAAUCUUGUUCAGUGUGUGGCAAUAUGGAGUGAAGGCUCCACCCACUACCUCAUGGGAAAAGUUGAUGAGGAGGAGGAUUACCGCUGCUUUACCUUUGAGGAGGCCAUGAACCAGCCUCACCUGUUUGUCAUGGGCCAGGCACAGACUGAGGUGUGCGAGGACCUGACAGAUGCUGAACUCAGACCACUCUAUCGAAUAUUUGGAAAGUCUAAAGCCCCUGAGCCACCCGUUGUUGAAGGUGGAGAGGAAAGCAGACAGGUGUUACUUGGUGACACCAUCACAAUGAUUUGCUCCUCAAGGGGGGGAGUUCCCCCUCCUAUGCUGAAGUGGUUCAGGGUAGUGGAUGGGUCCAGGGAGGAGCUGCCUUCUCAGGUGGAGGAUCAUGGAGGCAUCACUAAGGCUGCUUUAGACAUUGUGGUUGAUGCCUCAGACAAGUAUGCUGAAUACCAUUGUGAAGCUUCCAACUUUGCCACAACAACUCCCCUACGCACCAACACUAGUCUCACCUUCACCAAGGAUUAUGCCAGCAUCAUGGUACCGCAGGUGGUGGUGGUGGAGUAUCAGCCUGCCUUCUUGCCCUGUGCCCGUACUCUGGAGGAUGACGUGCAGAUGGAAUGGUUUGAUGCAGACCUUGAGCUCAAAUUGACCUCAGGCAGCAUAACAGUUAACCAGGACCCCAAGGAUCCCAAAAUUGUGCCAUACAUGCAGGAGGGUGUGAUGGGUCUCAUGAUUUUGUCCAGUUUCCUGGACACCACAUUUGGCUGCUUUGUUGAUGGUGUUGAGUUGGGCAACACAUCACUCGUCAUUUAUCCUAAAUAUUUGGUUUUAGAAGAGUCUCAAGUUUCAGAUCCCUUGAAAUACUUUAUGUCCACCACCACCAAGAUGCAGCCUUCACUUGGGGACACUGCCACCCUGGAUUGUUCCCUGGCCGAUGGCGUGAACUCCUCACUUGUGAGCUGGUGGCGUUAUCCCGGCACCACACUCCUGACUCAAGGCAGCAUCAACUUUGCCAGGGACGACGGCUACAGUCUCAAUGUAUCCUUGAACUCUUACCAGCUCACCGUCUCCAAUGCCACCCUGAGGCACUCUGGCUUGUAUAUAUGCCAGGUUGCUCUGAAUGAAGUAGAGUUAUACAGAAGAAACUUCUCAAUCAAUGUUGAAGGACUGAUUACAACCCAGCUUGGUGGAACCGUUGCCAUUGGUUGCUUUUCACCAGUGGGAGAUGUGAGCUUCAUAUUCAAUGGAGAGGCUAUAAUGGGGCCUCAUGAAAAUCCAAAUGAUAAGUAUAAAUUAGAUACAGAUGAGACAAUUGGAGAUGGAGCAGUGUACACCCUCUCUGUCAUGGAUGUCACUGAGGAGGACCUUGGAGUGUACACCUGCAUCAGAGCUGGACAUCCUGAUCAUGUCUUACAAGAAACAUUAGUGUCCAGCUUUGGAGAAAUAACAACAAUGAUGACGACAGCUGAAGCCACCACACUGCCAACCACGGAGAUGACCACAACAGAAACUACCACCACCACCACCACCACCACCACUGUUGCCACUACCACACUGAGCUCAAACUACUAUUAUGAUUAUGAGGACAGUUAUCUGGACUCAGACUUAACAACUACUACCAUACCUACUACUACAACUAUAACACUUUCUCCCACAACUGAAGUAACAACUUCUACGACACCAGAACCUGUUACCACAUCCCCACAAACCACCACCACCACCACCACACCCUUCAUAACCACAACACAACCACCCACCACAACCACACCAUACAUCAUAAUCCUACCCAUCACUACCACAGUACCUUAUACUACAACAGAAGAAAUUACAACAAUUCCCACAACAACAAUAAUUGAUGUUACUCCAGAUACUACUACAGAAGAAAUUACAACAACCAUUCCCACAACCACCACCACCACUACUACAUCAACUGCCAUCACCACCACUACAACAGAGGCUCCAAUUUAUAAAGAAGAGGUCUUCAGUUGUAUGGGGCAUAAUCCAGAAUUUAUAAGCUGGAAAUACAAUGGAAAACUGAUAUUUUUGGGAACCUAUGACUUGGCGGGCAUCCCCGGCACUAAAGUGACAAAUGAUGGAAAGCUAGUGCUGACGGCCGGGCCCUUCGUGGACCUGCGUGAUGAUGACUCCUAUGUCUGCUAUCUGGAGCUGGAGCCCAAUGCGGAGAUUCCCAUUGUUAUUUAUAAUGUCUCACUGGAAGGUGAUGAUACUGUGGUGGAAGAGAUCCUGAUGGACACCACCAAUGGCAUCCCUCUACCAGAACUUGAGCCAGAACCUGAGCCAGAGCCUGAGCCAGAGCCACUCCCAGACCUGCAGUUCUCAGGCCUAAAAGAGGAGGAGAUAGCUAUCUUGGCAAACUCCAAGAGGAUUGGUUACAAGAUGAAGGAGGUCCUUGGGAAUGGUGGAUUGAAUGUUCGGUUGCUGGAGGACCUUCUCUGUGAGUAUCCCAACAACACCCGGGGCUGGACAAGAGCCAAGGCAGUGCUGGAGGAUUGUGAGGCUGAGGCACGCUUCACUGGGGACCUGGGACCUACCCAGAGUGUGUUCAUUGGCAUUGACUUCUUUGUGGAGACUAUCCCAAACAGCUGGUUUGCAGUGACACAGCUGUAUCUUAACAACGUCAAGCAUAAUGUGUCAGUGAAUGUGUUUACCCAAUUGGUCCCAGUUCCUGACACUAACAUCAUUCCAAGCCCCUACAGAGGUGAUCCAGAUUCAAUACAAGUGUCUGAAGAGUGGUGGAACGAUGUGCAGGGUGUGGAUAAACCAUUUGGCAGUGGUCUGCUAUCCUCCAUCUUCUCCCUCCAGAACUCCUAUCUCAGCUUAUUAGAGAAAACAGAUUCUUCUUAAAUGAACUAGAAAAAAAUUAAGUUAUAGUUUUCACUUGUAAAAGGUGCAAGUAUCCAUCAGUAUUACAAGAUAAUGUAUUUUAAAUUGGGAGAGAAAUUUGUUAAAUGAUGUAUGCAACAAGAAAAAUCAUGAUUUUUUUACAAUACACAUAAGAAUUAAA